CUAUAACAUCCCAUCAGCACUGCCUGAAAAGACAGUCUCUUACAGAACAACAAAAUACCAGGAACAGAAAUGGAGAUUCCCAAGAAUUUGACAGGUCUUGUGGCGGCAACAUUCACUCCCCUGACCUCCCAAGGUGAGAUUAACCUGCCAGUGAUUGAGCCGUACGUUGACUACUUGGUGUCAAAGCAGGGAGUCCGGAAAGUGUUUGUUAACGGCACCACUGGUGAGAGCGUGUCCCUGUCUUUGGACGAGAGGAAACGUCUGGUGGAAGAGUGGUGCCAAAAGGGCAAGGAUAAACUUGAGGCGGUGAUUGUCCAUGUUGGUUGUUCAAGUCUCAAGGACUGCAAGGACCUGGCACGCCAUGCUGCGGAGACAGGAGCUCAUGGCAUCGGUCUCAUCUCGCCAUCCUUCUUCAAACCACCCAAUGCAGAUGCUCUGAGGAAGUUUCUUCAGGAGGUGUCAGCUGAGGCUCCAGCUCUACCCUUCUACUACUACCACCUCCCCGCCAUGACCGGGGUCAAAGUGCGUGCCUCUGAAGUGAUGGAGGGAAUUAAGGACAUGAUCCCGUCAUUCAGCGGCGUGAAAUUCAGUGACAGCGACCUCUUGGACUUUGGCCAGUGUGUUCAUAAAAACCCUGACCACUGGUCGUACUUGUAUGGAGUGGAUGAGCAACUGUUGGCAGCGCUUGCCCUGGGAGCAGACGGGGCAGUGGGCAGCACAUACAACUACAUGGGAAGUCACAUGAACAAGGUGCUUGAUGCCUUCCACAGUGGAAACCUGGAAAAGGCCCGCAAAUAUCAGUUUCAGAUGCAGGAGGUUCUUCUGUUUGCAAUAAAGAAUGGGUUCGGCCUCGCCAUGAACAAGAAGAUCAUGUCAGAUCUCUCUGGAUUGUCUCUGGGUCAUCCUCGCCUCCCUCUCGUACCCUGCGAUCCAGCAAAGGCACAGACUGUAGUUCAGAAAAUACUGUCCAUGGGAGAACAGUAAACGUUUGUGGACAGCAGUCCAAGGGGCAUUGGAUUGUGGCACGCCUGGUACACCUCAGGACAUGGAGCCUGAAAUAAUACAGUAGGACAGUAGAGUACAGUAAACAUUUGUAGUAGAUAGCUAUCAGAACCGUUCAGGAAAUGUCUUUGACUGACUUCAG